AUGAUGAACAAUUUGAACAUUAUCACUUCAUCAGCUUUAUCAUUAUCAACAUUAUCCUUACCCUCGCUGCUUUCUUCAUCAGCAUCAUUAAUAUUAUCAUCGUCAUUUUCAUCACAACCAUUCUCAUCAAUAUCAUCAUCAUCAUCAAUAUCGUCAUCAACAUUAUCGUCAUUAUCUCAAUCAAUAAAUCAUCAAACAAUAAAAAAUCUAUGCGGAAGACGACAUAUUGUAUUGGAUUACAAGCAUCCGGAAUAUGCAAUCAAUUUUCCGGCUACUUCAAUUUCUGAUAAUACGGAUUAUAAGCAUCCGAAAGGAGGUUUUUCAAUAUCGGAAGAAAGAGAAAAUGAACAACAACUUCCUUAUCCGUUAGACUUCUAUAUCAACAAUGACAUUUCGAUACUUAAGUAA